AUGCAACUGUCCUUUGGAGUCCUUUUGUCUGCCGCGUUGUGUCUCUUAGGCUCAUCCGCGGAGGCUAAGACCUUCUCUGCGCCUAUCAAGAAGCAUGCCGUCACUGAGCACCUCAAAGACGUUGCAUUCAGCGACUACACUGCUUCGCUCAAGAACAAGUACAUUUCUCUGUGGAACAAGCAACAACCCCUUGGAGCCGAGGUUCCCUUUUUGGAGGUGAUUCCGCAGGUGGAGAUCCUUGCUGGUCACGAUGCUCCAUUGACUAACUACGUCAAUGCUCAGUAUUUCACGGAGAUCUCUCUCGGAACUCCAGGACAGUCUUUCAAGGUGAUUUUGGACACUGGAUCCUCGAAUUUGUGGGUUCCAGGUUCUUCCUGCAGUUCCUUGGCUUGCUACUUACACACCAAGUACGACCACGACCAAUCGUCUACCUACAAGCCCAACAACACUGAAUUUGCGAUCAGAUACGGAUCCGGUUCUUUGGAAGGAUUUGUUUCUCAAGACACUCUUUCCAUUGGUGACUUGAUCAUCCCAAAACAAGAUUUCGCAGAGGCUACUAGCGAGCCCGGUCUUGCUUUUGCUUUCGGCAAGUUUGACGGUAUUCUCGGUCUCGCCUACGACACCAUCUCCGUGGACAAGGUGGUUCCUCCUAUCUACAAUGCGAUUGAAUUGGGAUUGUUGGACAAGCCUCAGUUUGCCUUCUAUCUUGGAGAUGUUAGCAAGUCCGAAGAAGACGGCGGAGUGGCCACCUUCGGAGGUGUCGAUGACUCCAAAUAUGAGGGCAAGAUCACCUGGUUGCCAGUCAGAAGAAAGGCUUACUGGGAGGUUGCCUUCGAUGGUGUUGCCCUUGGAAAGGAGUAUGCUAGUUUGGAGGGAACUGGUGCUGCCAUUGACACUGGAACCUCCCUAAUUGCUCUCCCAAGCGGACUUGCCGAGAUUUUGAACGCAGAGAUCGGAGCCCAAAAAGGCUGGUCUGGUCAGUACAGCAUUGAGUGUGAUACCAGAGACUCUCUGCCAGACCUGACCUUCACCUUUGCCGGUUACAACUUCACGAUUACUCCUUACGACUACACUCUGGAGGUUUCAGGUUCGUGUAUUUCUGCGUUCACUCCAAUGGACAUCCCAGCGCCAAUUGGACCAAUGGCGAUCAUUGGUGAUGCUUUUUUGAGAAAAUACUACUCUGUCUACGACUUGGGUAAGAACGCUGUCGGUUUGGCCAAGGCCGCCUGA